AUGAGACGCCAACAAGCGGCGGCAGAUACCUUGGCAGCAAACAUGGAGAAGGAACAAGGAAAGAGUCGGCAUUCUCGGAUAUGUUUAUUAGUUACAUUGACAGCUUUUUUCUGGGUUGGUUUAUUUUAUUUCCACUUUGAAUUCAUUGGAGGCAAUAGUGUUGUUGUGCAGUCUAUCCAGCAGCAACUCACCCCUGUUUCUGAAUCUAGUAGUAAUAGAAAUACAGUUCAUGCCUUACAGAAUCCCCGUCCUUUACUGGUUACUAGUCCUCCCAAGGUUGAUGAUCCCCAACCAGUUCCUGUGGUUGCUCCGAUUUUGAGAAAUGGUUCGAGAAAUUCAGAUAAGCGUGUAUCUGUUAAUUCAGAGAUUGAUAAUGAUAAUGCUAGUCCUCCAAAGGUUGAUGCUAGUCCUUCGAAGGUAGAUGCUAGUUCUCAGUCAAUAAGUAAUGGCUCGAGCUAUGCUCAAUCAGUUCAGGUAGUUGCUCCAACUUUAAGUAAUAGUUCGAGCAAUGCUCAAUCAGUUCCGGUUGUUGCUCCAACUUUAAGUAAUAGUUCGAGCAAUUCGGCUGAACAGCAAUCUGUUAAUAUUUCGGUGGUUGAUAAUGCUGGUAAUAAGGUGGAGGAUUACCCCUUUAUGAAGGCUUUGAGAACUGCAGAUAAUAAGAGUGAUCCCUGUGGUGGAAGGUAUAUUUAUGUGCAUGACCUUCCUCCCAGGUUCAACGUGGAUAUGCUUAAGGAGUGUAAGAGCCUAAGUCUAUGGACUAACAUGUGUAAGUUCAUUAGUAAUGCUGGACUAGGUCCCCCACUGGAGAAUGUUGAAGGGGUGUUCUCAAACACUGGAUUCUAUGCCACAAAUCAAUUUGCGGUGGAUGUGAUCUUCAAUAAUCGUAUGAAGCAGUAUGAUUGCUUGACUACUGAUUCUUCCCUUGCUGCUGCCAUUUUCGUGCCCUUUUAUGCCGGAUUUGAUAUAGCUCGUUACCUCUGGGGUUAUAACACUUCCAUGAGGGAUGCUGCUUCUCUUGCUUUGAUUGAUUGGCUGACCAAGAAGCCAGAGUGGGGUAUUAUGGGUGGUAAGGAUCAUUUCCUUGUUGCUGGCAGGAUAACCUGGGAUUUUAGGAGAAAAACUGAUCAAGAGCGGGACUGGGGAAACAAGCUUCUUUUCCUCCCAGAGGCAAAGAACAUGUCCAUGCUUGUGGUGGAAGCAAGUUCAUGGAAUUUUAAUGAUUUUGGUAUUCCGUACCCCACAUAUUUCCACCCAGCAAAGGAUGAAGAGGUGUUCAUUUGGCAAGAUCGCAUGAGGAAGACCGAAAGGAAGUGGCUUUUCUGUUUUGCUGGUGGACGUCGUCCUGGUGAUCGCAAAUCAAUUAGGGAUCAAAUUAUAGAUCAGUGCAAGAACUCCAAGGUGUGUAAGCUGUUAGAAUGCGCUAAAGGUCAGAGCAAGUGCCACUCGCCCAGCACUAUAAUGCAGAUGUUUCAGAGUUCUGUUUUCUGCCUUCAACCUCAAGGCGACUCUUACACAAGAAGAUCAGCUUUUGACUCAAUUUUGGCAGGUUGCAUACCUGUCUUCUUCCAUCCUGCUUCUGCAUACACUCAGUACAUUUGGCACCUUCCAAAAAAUGUUUCAAAAUACUCAGUUCUCAUUCCUGAGAAUGACAUCCGUAAGAAUAAUAUCAGCAUUGAGCAAUUGCUCAGUAGAUAUACUGCUAAGCAAAUCAAGGAAAUGGGGGAGGAGGUUAUAAAACUUAUCCCCACUAUAACAUAUGCCGAUCCUCGCUCUAAAUUGGAGACCGUCAAGGAUGCUUUUGAUGUAGCCGUGGAAGCUAUUAUCAAAAGGGUUACAAAAUUGAGGAAAGAUGUCAUGGAAGGCUAUAGAGAUGAUGGUCGAGAUGAAACACGUGCUUGGAAAUAUGCUCUGAUGGAUGAAGGACAACAUGAGUUGCUGCCUCAUGAAUGGGAUUCACUUUUUGUUAACGAACCUGAUGAGGCUGCUGAUUCUAGUGGUUCAGCAGUGGAGGCUGCUAAAAAUUCGUGGAAGACUGAGCAUGGGCAACAGUAA